AGCAGCGCGCGCACGUGGAAUACAUUCUUGCAUUUGCCGUCCACCUCUUGUAUUAAUAUAUCAAAUAAACAUGGUUUUUUUUACGUGCAACAUUUGCGGCGAGUCCGUGAAGAAACCAUCUGUGGAGAAGCACUACCAAACACGCUGCCGCGGCAAGACAAAGAAUGUUUCCUGCAUGGACUGCCUGAAAGACUUCUACGAUGAGGAAUAUGUGGCGCACACCAAGUGCAUCUCGGAAGCACAAAAGUACUCAAACCAAAACUUUGUGCCCAAGGAGCCAAAGAACAAGAAUGCACAGAAACAGGAGAGCUGGAUGGAUAUUAUACGCGCCAUAUUGGACAGCAGCGAAUACAACUUAACGCCAUCGCUGCGCAAUGCGUUCGACCGACUGCAGAGCGUGGACAAUGUGCCGCGCAAGAAAGCCAAGUUCGAGAACUUUGUGGGCAACUGCAUGCGCAUGCAGCGGCAGCAGGCAACCGAGGUGUGGAACAUACUCGAACAGGAGCUCAACAAAAUGAAGGAGGCCAAGCAGGCUGAAUUAGCGGCAGCAAAGGCUGCUAAGCAGACUGAGGCACAAAAUGCAGACAAAGCAACUGAGGCGCCGCCCAAAAAGAAGGCAAAGCUGGAGAAUGGUGACGCAGCGGAGCAAACAGCGCCCGCAGCUGAAGCGGAAAGCGAUGCCAGCGAAUUUGAUUGGAUAAAACAGCUGACAAAGCUGGUGGCCAAGCAGCCCGAGGGUCUGCAGCUGGAAAAGCUGCGAAGCAAGCUACUGAAGAAGUACACCAAGCAUUUAUCUCUCACCGAACUUAGCGAAAAGCAGUCCAAGAAGUUCCACAAACGCUUUGACAAGCAGUUGAAAAAAUGCGAUGCACUGCAGCAGGACGGCAAUCUAGUAAAGCAGUGUUAGAUCUUAACUACAUUAAGUCUCUAGCGUAGUUUAACUUGUAUGUAGACUCUAAUCGUUAGCGAUUAAAUAUUGUAAAUGUCAAAUAAGCUAGCGUCAAUUUAUGUUUCACAUCCGCCAAAGCGGACAAAUUGUUAUAGCUGAUGUUUAUCUAAGACUAUUUAAAUGCGCGCUAAGCUGGAGCUUGAGGCUAGUUGACAAGAUGAAGCUGUUGAAACUAUUGUGGCUACUGGGCGUGCUGGCACUAAUGGCGGGCCCCUUUACACAAGUGACUGCGGAUCCUAGAGGCGGCGCACAUACUACACGUCGCCCCCAAGAGCAGCAGGAGCAGCAGUUGCUUAACUAAAUUGCUUAGAACGUUUAUUUUUUGACAGCACUGUGGCGUCACAAUAAAGUUUACGCA